GAAACUCUGACCUAGCUAAAAGAACGGUCCAGAUCUCUUCCUACAUUCCUUGAAUAUAUGAAUCCAAAGAUUCCGCAACUCUACUCUGCUGCUGCUUUGAUCAUCAUCUUCCUCUUAUAGCUUCCGAGAGAUUUAUAUCAAUCACCAUGUCGAGGAUCUUCGCCAUUCUUCCUCUCGCUGCUGUUUUUCUUCUCCUCCUUGUUUCACCGAUUGUAGCCAUCGAUGUCCAUUACUGUGAAGAGAACGCAGAGUAUGAAGUUAAAGUGAAAGAGGUUGAUAUAUCUCCUAAUCCUAUAGCACCAGGCGAGCCAGCUACUUUCACCAUCUCUGCCAACACAGGCCGUGAGAUUUCGUUUGGGAAGCUGGUGAUUGAAGUUUCAUACUUUGGAUGGCAUGUUCACUCUGAGACUCAUGACCUCUGCACUGAGACUAGUUGUCCUAUACAAACCGGAGAUUUCUUGGUUGCACACUCUCAAGUUCUUCCUGGUUAUACUCCUCCUGGUUCAUACUUGCUGAAAAUGAAGAUGCUUGAUGCAAAGAAGAAGGAGUUAACAUGCAUCAAAUUCUCGUUCGACAUUGGACUCAGAGCAUCUGUGGCUGACAUUUAGAGCAGCUUCACCUGUAUUGGUGAUUGUAUAGAUAGUUUAGGAAAAUUGUUAAUUCUUUCUAUAUCAGUUAUGUCAGACCCUGAAUGUGAAGGUGAUCUUAUUUUUUGGACACCAAUGUGAAUGUGCUUUCUUCACCAUAAGAUGUAUCACCAGGUCUUAUGGCAAUCAGUCAAAUGCUUGGAACGGUAUAACUGACAAGGUCUCAACCAUCAUAUGUAAUGCGAAAAAGUAAUCAGAGUAAAGUAUAUGAUUAAAUAGAAAAUUUUGACUAA